UCUUUAUCCCCUUCAAUGAUCAAACAAUCCAAAAAAAACUCUAGAGAUUUCGUUUUUAACGCUUACAGUCAGCGUAAAAUUGCUAUCAAAUUCUCAUACGCUGGUUGGGCGUACAAUGGUUUAGCUGCCCAGGGUACACCAACUCCGCUACCAACAGUUGAGCAAACACUUUGGGAUGCACUAGCAAAAGGUAGACUAGUAGACUCAACAAAAUCUUUUGAGAGUGCUGGAUGGAGUAGAUGUGGUAGAACUGACAAGGGUGUGUCUUCUGCAGGUCAGGUUGUUGCUUUAUGGGUCAGAUCAGCUUAUACACCAGAGAACAAGCCAUCCUCAAUAGAAGCAUUCAAAGGCCCUAGUCAAGCCAAACCUAUAAAACUCACAAAAGAUCAACAAGCUCUCGUUGAAUACAACUUCCUCCAGAUUCUAAACUCACUUCUUCCACCAACAAUUCGUAUUCUUGCUUGGUCACCAGUUAAGAACUCCUUUGACGCUAGAUUUGACUGCAAAGAGAGACACUAUAAGUAUUACUUUGAUAUUAAAGAGUCUCCACUCGGUCCUGGUCUCGAUAUCCACCUCAUGAAUGGCGCCUUGGAAUUGAUUAAAGGUGAACACGAUUUUAGAAACUUCUGCAAAGUCGAUGCUAGCAAGCAAAUUAAGAAUUUCCAUAGACGUAUUAACGACGCUUGGAUAGAUCCUCCAGAAGCAGGGUCAAACCUUCAUUGCGUCAACUUACGUGGAAGUGCUUUCUUAUAUCACCAAGUGAGAUGUAUCAUGGCCGUUCUCUUCUUAGUUGGAUGCGGAAGAGAAAAAGUGGAAAUCAUAAAUGAUCUCAUGAGGGUUAAACCAGACGAUAAAGAUCCUUCAUUACCUGUCGUCGAAGGAAAACCACUCUAUGACAUGGCGAAUGACCUUCCGUUAUGUCUGUAUGAUUGUGUUUUCGAUGAGAGAAGUUUAUCAUGGCGCACGCAAGCUGGUGACGAACCAACAGAUGAGGUUGAAGAUAGACGACAAAGGACGAACACUUCAAAGGCAAUCGUUGAUCAGUUAUACGAAUUGGAAUUACAAUCAGCGAUGUUGAAGAAUGCACUCUCGCAAAUCAAACCAAUUGAUACCAGACCAGUGGGAGAUAAAGUGAAUGCUAUACCGCUUGGUGGUAACAACUUUGUCAUAUCAAGUAAGCAUCUUCCUCUACUCGAGCGUGAAAGAGGUGACACACCGGACGUAAUCAACGCUCGUUGGAGGGACUCAGAGAAAGGUAAAAGACGAUCGAAAAAGUCAACCUCAGCUUCUGAGAAGAUGGAUAUAAGUGAUGCCGAAUAAAUACAUUAUAGAUAAUACAUUUGCUAAUAUAAAUGCUAAUACUGAUUUGAUAAUGCUGAAAUUGAUGCGCUAUUGGAUUGAUUACUUUCUGAAUGACCAUUAUUAUCCUUAAUUGUUGAAGCAGCUUGUAUGAGAGUCAUAGCAGCACUCUGCUCCCAUUUAUCGAUUUCCUUCUUAAGUGCUGCAUUUGUACGUUCUAACCAACGUAUAAGCGAGACUGCCUUAGAUAGCAAGACUCCUUUACUAGUAUUGGCCGAUUUGCUUCUAGUUUUACUCCUGCUGCUACUACUGGUUGCCCCCAGAUUUGGAUUCUCGUCUGCCAUUAUUGUAGCGAGUGCGUCAAACGCUGCUUUCUGUGCAGAACGACGUUUCUGUUCGCAUUGAAGAUGAUUAUUCCGCUUCUGUUCUGCACUUAGAAGUUCUUUCUUCUUCGUGAAUUCAGGCUGUUCAGCCAGAGGUGAUGGGUGUGCGGGUGCACGGGAGGGAGUCUGUAAUGGCACGGGUAAACGCUGUAUCAGUUGCUCCAUUUCUGAUGGAUCCAUAGGCGCUGCGCCACUCUGAGCGUAGGCUUGUUGCAUCAAUCCAACGAGAUUGUUAGACGUCAAGCAAUCAGCAAGUGCAGCGAGAGACUCCAUGCUGAUGUGUGAGCUAUUUGGUGGCUCUGGUUGCUCGAAGGCUUCCCUUUCCGUCUGGCGUGCUAGAUCUUCCAAGUCACGGUCUUCGUCAGAUUGAUCAGAACGUAUUCUAGUAGAUGAUCUCU